AUGGCUCUCGAACCUGAGGUCCACCACCUCCAACCCAACGCCUACGCCCCCAACAGCGACCUCCCCGUGCUGGUUUACCGGGACGUGCUACCCCUCCCCGUGACAGAAAGCACAGCGACAACCUUCCUAGAGGGACAUGGCUGGGAGAGGCGUGGCGUGUGGGGACACAUUGCCGUGCGGCAUUUCCAUCCGAAUUCGCAUGAAUGCUAUGGGAUCUUCCAAGGCCAGUCGACACUCCUCCUCGGAUGCGGAUCAAGCGACCCCAGCACGGCCAGCGGGUUACACGUCGACGUGCAUGUUGGGGAUGUGGUUAUCCUGCCGGCGGGCACGGCGCACUGCUCCGUCGAAAGUACCCCGGAUUAUAGAUACGUGGGUGUCUAUCCUAAGGGCUGUCCUCGAUGGAGGAAUGAGCUGGGCAAAGAGCCGAUCGACGAGAAGGCCUUACGAAAGGAGAUCCUGGCCGUGGCUUUGCCGACGCAGGAUCCCGUCACUGGUCCGGACGGCGCUGUAAUGAGGCUGUGGGGAAGGGAGCGGCCGCAUAGGAACCAGGACUGA